AGUCUCGCUUUUGUUGGAUUUGUGAUAUUUUUUGGUGUUUCGGCUCCUUUCUUUGGCCUUGUGAUUAGAAGGAAUCAUGAAAGACAACAUAAGUUCGUUCGGUAUUGUUUGAAUUGCCAAAGCAUAAAGUGGCGAAGUGGGUUGAGAUUCGUUGUGUUUCCCCCUUGGAUGGAUGAGAAGGCCAAAUCUUUUCUCCGAGUUCAGUGAUGGUGAAAUGGCCGCAUUACACAGGCGGGAAUGAUGCUGCUUUGAAGUCUCUGGAAAACACACAACCAGUAUUAGGCGGCCAAAAGAGGAUUUCACAGCAGCGCGUCUCGGUUGGGUUUCUCAUUGUGCUGGGGGAUGAUUAGUGAAAUGUGCCAACUUUAACGUUCACCAGAAAUUUCCCGUGGAUAGCAGAUGGUGUUACAGCACCUAUCCCUAGACGCCAAACUUCAUUUUCAAAGGACGAUGCAAUAUUUGGACGGGUGCUGAUAGUGCAACUUGUCAAGUGAGAUUGUUAUAGCAUAGUGAAGUCGGAACUUUGGUUCAUUCAGAUGCUACCGGAAGAUGAGAGAUGAGGAGGAUUCCGAGUCGGGUAAAUAAUAUUCGCUCUCUAUUCAAAUGAGACAAGUGCUUUCGAGGAUCCGUCAGUCGGUGGUAGAAUCCCUGUGUCAAGCGUAUUUCAAAGUGAAUAGUGUGCGAAACGCCCCCCAUUUCCCCUCAACGUGAACCUGAAACGGUAUCUAGAAGAAAACCAAAAAGGAUAAAAGAUAGAAAGUUGCAACGAUGGCGAGUGCAGACGGCGAUGAAUGUGCAAAUGCUGCUGGCACCGGAACAGCAAAUCAUCCAUCUUUUUCGUCGGAGCAGCAGAAUAUUCAAUCACCGUCUUCAUCGUUGCCGUCGCCAUCGUCAGCUUCGACGACGACGGCCAUCAGCCGGCAGACGUCCAUUCCGUGCCGGCGUCGUGGGCGGCUUCAGCGGUCGGAACGGUUGCAAUCCGAUGGAUCGUCCUCGGUUGGCGGAUCGCAGCAACAGGCUUCCUACUCCAGCCUCGAGACGCUGAUUCGGGACAGCUUUGGUCAGAUCGUAUGGCCCAUUCGCAUCACCAGCUGGGACUUGCUGGCCAGCCAGGCUGCCGCCGGAGGGGUUCCGCAGGAUUUCAUCAACUCAAGAUUCCCCGGCGGCUAUUAA